UUUCACUUUUAGUAUAAUACUCAGUGUCAAGUCGCAACAUCCGCACGCUUCCAUUGCCGUCGUCGUUGCUUUCACUCUGCCCGCUUCCAUGGCGUACAAGAGACUGCCUUCGUCGGAGUGGCCUGCCACGCCGUCGCGCUUCUUCUUCAUCUAUGACAAUCCGCAGACUGACAAGCCAUUUUCUUACCACGCGUCACCCGUUGCCGUGGCAUCGAGUUCCGCUACAUGCGUCGUGACCUGCGCGUCACCUUGUCCCAAUGGUGCCAUACCCACGCAGACUAUUACGCACAUCUCGGGUUCCUCUUGGGCAGGCGAGCACACAAUAGAAGGGGCUGCAACAUCCUGGGGCUGCAACCUGGGCAGUGGAAGCGACGACGUCAUGGUUGACCAGUAUGGCGAGUGCUUCUACACGACAGCCAAGGAGGGUAACAAAAUCAGCGGAGGAGGCAUGUCGACACCUGUCAACUCAUGCUUCGUGCAGCAACGAUCGGCUUUGGUGCUCAUCACGACCCAUCAAGACCAGUGGUAUAGCGUUGAGCGACCCUACCAGAAGCCAAUGAAUCCCAAGGAUUUAUGGUCGACGCAACAGUUGGAGGUCAAGUCGGUCUGCGCCGCUGUCACGACAGCCUCCUCAUCGCAAACGACAGGACUCUCCGCGAGCACGACGUCAAUCCCUUUAUCGGCUACCGCGGCGGAUUCUAGACAGACAUCCCAAUCUAAAGAGUCACACCCGGGAGCUACUUCGACUCCAGCGGCGCCACCGAACGGAUCUGCUGGCCUACCUCUCAGCCGGGCUCUGCUGUUGGCGUCGGCGCUAUUGGGAACCAUCCUGUCGCUAUAGAUGCGGAGAAGAGUGCAGAGUGACGGAAUGGAGCCUCUUGAAAUCAUGCAGAGUUACCUUUAAUAGCCUCCAAUUACCUGCUAUGUAAUAGAGAUCCCACUAGC